GGACAAACGGCCUCUGAGCUCAGCGGGAGAAGGCUGGGUUCGACUGAUCAGGACCUGAGCGCAACCCGGCUAAGAAGAUCCGAGCAGCUCUAGGUGCCCAGAGGCCUCUAGAGUGGAAUAAGGAAUGGCUAGUGAACAUCCACAAGACAACUGCAAGAAUCACUUGAGUCGUGCAGGAAGAUGAGUGAGGCGCCGUGUCUGCCAGACAGGAUCAUCCAGCAGUGCCGCAGACAAUGAAUCCAGGUUAAGCCCAAGAAAUUAUUUCUGAAAAAGGAUUUAUAUGGAAUAGAAUCAUCCUCAUGAGAGAUAUGGAAAGAAUUAUAAAAAACAGCAUUGAAUGUUCAAGUUUCAGAGGUGACUGGGAAUAUAAAAGCCAGUUUGAGAGAAAGCAGAAAACUCAGGAAGGACAUUUCAGUCAAAUGAUAUUUACUCCUAAAGACAUGCCCACUUUCAAUAUCCAGCAUCAGAGAAUUCAUGCUAAUGAGAAACUCCUUGAGUGUAAGGAAUGUGGGAAGGAUUUUAGUUUUGUAUCAGUACUUAUUCGACAUCAGCGAAUUCAUACUGGUGAGAAACCUUAUGAGUGUAAAGAAUGUGGCAAGGCCUUUGGUAGUGGUGCGAACCUUGCUUACCAUCAAAGAAUUCAUACUGGUGAGAAACCUUAUGAAUGUCAUGAAUGUGGGAAAGCCUUUGGUAGUGGUUCAAAUCUUACCCACCAUCAAAGAAUUCAUACUGGUGAGAAGCCUUAUGAAUGUAAGGAAUGUGGGAAAGCAUUUAGUUUUGGGUCAGGCCUUAUUCGUCAUCAGAUAAUUCACAGUGGUGAAAAGCCUUAUGAGUGUAAGGAAUGUGGGAAGUCUUUUAGUUUUGAAUCUGCCCUUACUAGGCAUCACAGAAUUCAUACAGGUGAAAAACCUUAUGAAUGUAAGGAUUGUGGGAAAACUUUUGGCAGUGGUUCCAACCUUACUCAACAUCAGCGAAUUCAUACUGGUGAGAAACCGUAUGAAUGUAAAGCAUGUGGAAUGGCCUUUAGUAGUGGUUCUGCCCUUACUCGACAUCAGAGAAUUCACACUGGUGAGAAGCCCUAUGUGUGUAAUGAAUGUGGAAAGGCUUUUAGUUUUGGAUCAGCCCUUACUCGACAUCAACGAAUUCACACUGGUGAGAAACCUUAUGUAUGUAAGGAAUGUGGAAAGGCUUUUAAUAGUGGCUCAGAUCUCACUCAGCAUCAAAGAAUUCACACUGGUGAGAAACCCUAUGAAUGUAAGGAAUGUGAAAAAGCCUUUAGAAGUGGUUCAAAACUUAUACAGCAUCAAAGAACGCAUACUGGUGAGAAACCCUAUGAGUGUAAGGAAUGUGGGAAGGCCUUUAGUAGUGCUUCAGACCUUUCUCAACAUCAAAGAAUUCAUACUGGUGAGAAACCCUAUGAAUGCAAGGAAUGUGGAAAGGCAUUUGGUAGUGGCUCAAAACUUAUUCAACACCAGCUAAUUCACACUGGUGAAAAGCCCUAUGAUUGUAAAGAAUGUGGAAAGUCCUUUAAUAGUGGCUCAGCUCUCAAUCGACACCAGAGAAUACAUACACGUGAAAAAGGCUUUAAUUAUAAGGAAUGUGGUAAUAUAUUUGGGAAGGGAUCAGAAUUGCAACAAUAUAAGAAAAAUCACAUCAGAAUCUCUGAAUUGGAAACUCUAGAUUGGGAUGAUGGAAAUGAAGAACUUCAACAUAGGAAAAUUCAUACUAGUUAGAGCCUACAAAUGUAAUUAAGGUAUAAAUAGUAUACUUUGCCACCUCAUUAUUUACAGACUAUAUAAGGGAAA